AUGGCUCAAGAUAACUCCCUGAACAAUUCUGAAAGUCAAGCAGGACAGGACUAUAAAGAUGAGAUAACGCAGGAGAUAAAUGUCCUAGAGGAUCAAACUUCUGGCAUAGCAAACCCGGAUUUGCUACAGACACUUAAAACUGCCAUGGAGCAACAAAUAACCGAUGAUGCCAUGAAUGAUAUAAGAGCUAUGAUUACAGACAACUACUAUGCGCAUUUCCGAAUCGAACUCGACAACGCUGGCCGUGAGGAAAAUAUUCGAAAAUUCGCUUUACUAUGGCAGGCGCUACAACCGGAGUCAUUCUCCAAACCAAAUUUUGUUGAACUAAAUGAGAUGUUGAACGGAAAUCAUGAGUUUCAUGAUGUGGAAGGAAUAACAGCAUUCUACAAAUUCAAAAUCGACAACCAAAUCAAAAUAGCCGAACAAGCCGGAGACACAGACACCAUCGCCCUUUUGUACGAAGCUAUGCAAGAACCCGUUAUCAAACAAGAAACAAUGAUGCACCUAGAAAAUGCGCUUAGAGCUAAAAACGUAAAAUCGGAACCGGGUUGGACCCGAAUCAAGGCCCCGAUGUCGGCGGAACUAGUCAAAGGCACUAUGUCCAAGGAACUGAGGAAGAUGAUCAAUUUCGGGAUAAUGAAAACAUAG